GGGGGGGAGACCGAAAGGGAAGGCGACAAGGCGCCUUUCUUGCUGCCGCUGUUUCUCCUCCUUCCGCCCCAGCCCGCCCUCGAGCCGAGGCCGACGCUGAGUCUCGCGGGCGCCGGCAGGAGUUGGGGAGGGAGGCGGCGGCGCGCUCCAGCUGAGAAGUCACCAUGUCUGGGGCAGGCCCCUGCGGGGGGUCGGGCUCUGGGGCCUGCGGAGGGGUUGGGGCGGCGGUGUCGUCGGCAUCGUCGCCCGGUGGGGCCGGCGGUGGCCUAUCGAUGUUCCGGUGGCUGGAGGUGCUGGAGAAGGAAUUCGACAAGGCCUUCGUGGACGUGGACCUGCUUCUAGGCGAGAUAGACCCUGACCAAGCGGAUAUCACCUAUGAAGGGAGGCAGAAGAUGACCAGUCUGAGCUCCUGCUUUGCCCAGCUUUGCCACAAGGCUCAAACCGUCUCCCAGAUCAACCAUAAGCUCGAGGCCCAGCUGGUAGAUCUAAAAUCAGAGCUGACAGAAACACGAGCUGAAAAAGCAGUAUUAGAAAAAGAGGUGCAUGACCAACUGCUACAACUCCAUGCCAUUCAGCUUCAGCUCCACGCCAAGACUGGUCAGAGUGUUGACUCAGGAGCAAUAAAGGCAAAACUGUCUGUCCCUUCUGUGGAGGAGAUGGAAAGAGAACUUGAAGCCAAUAAGAAAGAGAAAGUGAAAGAAGCACAACUUGAAGCUGAGGUGAAACUGCUAAGGAAAGAAAAUGAGGCUCUUCGUCGACACAUAGCUGUGCUCCAGGCUGAAGUAUAUGGGGCAAGACUUGCAGCCAAAUACUUAGAUAAAGAGCUAGCAGGAAGGGUUCAGCAAAUUCAAUUGCUAGGUAGAGAUAUGAAGGGACCUGCUCAUGAUAAACUCUGGAACCAGCUGGAAGCAGAAAUUCAUCUGCAUCGGCACAAAACUGUGAUUAGAGCAUGCAGGGGACGUAAUGACCUAAAGCGACCAAUGCAAGCACCUUCAGGACAUGACCCAGAUUCCCUAAAGAAGAGUCAAGGAGUUGGUCCAAUCAGAAAAGUUCUUUUGGUGAAAGAAGAUCAUGAAGGACUGGGCAUUUCAAUUACCGGUGGAAAGGAGCAUGGUGUUCCCAUCCUAAUCUCUGAAAUUCACCCGGGUCAACCUGCUGAUCGAUGCGGAGGGCUGCAUGUUGGAGAUGCGAUUCUGGCAGUAAAUGGAAUUAAUUUGAGAGAUGCCAAACAUAAAGAAGCUGUAACUAUUCUUUCCCAACAGAGAGGAGAGAUUGAGUUUGAAGUUGUGUAUGUUGCUCCAGAAGUAGACUCAGAUGAUGAAAAUGUAGAAUAUGAGGAUGAGAGUGGUCAUCGCUAUCGUUUGUAUCUUGAUGAAUUGGAGGAAGGUGGAAAUUCAGUUUCCAGUAGAAAAGAUGGCAGUGGAGAUGUCAGAUCCCUGCAAGUGUUUGAUAAGAAAGCAAGCACUAGUGGCCAUGAAAAUGGAGACCUAGGAAAUUCAGUUGAAACUGAAGAGACUGUAUCUAAACUAGCUCAGUCUGCUGCGAGCUUAGCCUAAGAAAACAAACGUACAAGUGACACAAUCAUCAGUGAGAAUUCCCUUCCUUAAGAUGGAUUCUGUAGACUGCUCUGCAUUUUCAGUGCCACAGAAGGUUUUAAAGAAGGACUAUUUUAAAGGUAAAAAGAUGUGUUACUGUUGUCUGAAAAAAACUGUUCUGUAGAUUACCUCAGGGCUUCAUUACAAGCAGAUCUAAACAUGUAAAUCUCCCAUUUUUUUCUAAGAAGUUGCAUGUCCAGUGAAUUUCCCUUGAAAUAUAAGCACCAAAGCAUGUUGUUUCCAAAGGCUUUUCCAAAAGU